AUGGAGUCCGAAUCUUCAACAUUCGAGAGUUGUGAAAUUAUGGCGGCGCUUUUGGGUUCCAGUCCUCUGCUUCUGCAGUCAUGGACGCUCUGCGCCGCCGCCAACGCCGCCGCGCCGGAGACUUUCUCGGUGGAGGUUAUUGGAGAUGUGGCUUUUGUUGCCUUCUCCGCUGUCCAAAUCCUGCCGGGCUCUGGCGGCGGAAGAGAGUUAGUGGCGUUGGAAGGUGACGUUGAGGAGCUAUUUCGGCCGUUGAAUCGCCACCGUGAAGAGCUCCGGGCACCGGCCAUGGCGGAUUCCGGCAUCCUCAAAAUAUUUAUGAGUAUUUAUACACAUCAGAAUCUUCCCGAAAAGAUGACAAAAGUAAUGGAGAAAAGUAAGUCAAUAGUGAUUACAGGUCAUUCACUUGGAGGGGCAGCAGCCUCUCUAUGUACUCUUUGGCUGCUCUCUCUCUUCCAUUCCAAAACCACGCACCACCCUUUGUUAUGCAUCACCUUUGGCUCCCCGUUGAUCGGUAACGAGUCGCUUUCGAGAGCUAUUCUUAGAGAACGAUGGUGUGGCAACUUCUGUCAUGUCGUCUCAAACCACGACAUUAUGCCGAGGCUUCUCUCUACUCCGCUUUCCUCCUCCCUCUCUUCCCAGCUCCAUGUUCUUCUUAGAUACUGGCAUUUGUCGGUGGCCUCUCCGCAGUUUGGAAAGCUUGCUACCCAACUGUCAGAUAAAGAGAAAGACGAGCUCUUUCGGGUUGUAUUGGCUCACUCUAACACGAUAUCUAACUCGGAAGAGGAGUCGAUACAGAGUCAGUUUUGGCCAUUUGGGAACUUCUUCUUUUGCUCAGGAAAUGGGGCAAUUUGUUUGGACAAUGCUAUAUCAGUUCUGAAGAUGCUCUAUUUGUUGCUCAAAACAAGUGUUCCAAACAUGAGCAUUGAGGAUCAUCUCAACUAUGGAGAUUAUGUGAAAAAAGUUGGAGUUCAACACAUGGAGAGGAAAAACUUCGCCUCCGAGCGUCUUCCUAAUUCGAGCUAUGAAGCAGGGCUGGCUCUAGCAUUGCAGUCCUCAGGAAUACCUUUCCAAGAUGAAGUGGCUCGAAUGGCUGAAAAUAGCUUGAGGACGGCCAGGAGAAUGGGACAAACGCCGAACUUGAACGCAGCGAAACUGGCUGUAAGUUUAUCUAAGAUUACGCCUUACAGAGCUGAGAUAGAAUGGUAUAAAGCCUAUUGUGAUGAAGCGGGUGACCAAUUGGGGUACUAUGAUUGUUUCAAGCAAGUAAAUACUUCAGUAAAACAUGCUAAAGUGAACAUGAACAGACACAAGCUUGCGACGUUCUGGAACCGAGUGAUCGACAUGUGGGAGAACAAUGAGCUUCCUCCAGAUUUCAACUUAAGAGCAAAGUGGAUCAAUGCUUCGCAUUUCUACAAACUCCUAGUAGAGCCAUUAGACAUAGCAGAAUAUUACUGCCGUGGCAAGCACAUUGCUCAUGGGCAUUACUUAAAGCAUGGAAGAGACAGAAGAUACGAGAUUUUCGACAAAUGGUGGAGAGGGAGCGACGCUGCAGACAAAGGGAAUACUCAGAGGACGAAAUACGCAGGUCUGACUCAAGAUUCAUGCUUUUGGGCAAGGUUGGAGGAAGCCAAAGACAUGCUUGAGAUUAUUAAACGUGAAGGAGAUGUGAGAAAGUUGGCUCCAGUCUGGAGAAGUCUGGAGAACUUUGAAAGGUAUGCCAGAGGAUUGGUUGAAAGAAAGGAGGUUUCUAAGGAUGUGGUUGCAAAGAACUCAAGCUAUACCUUGUGGGCUCAAGAACUGAGGGCAUUGAAGCUAAAUAUGUAACGAUUAGGUACUUAAUUUUACGGCAGAAAAGUUCUAACUCUUUAAGUAGUUAGCACCUUGGACUAAGGAUCUCUAAAUCUAGAAAAUGUUAACUUGAUACUCAAUUAUCUACUAAUUGAGAAAAGUAAUAUUGUCAGUGAUGCCAUAAUAUAUUACAAUAUCAUGUUUCUGGUCU